GACAUAAAUCAGGAUGUGAAAAGUAGCAGCACAGGAAACCAACACACAGCCCAUACCAAUAGCUGGGAUGUUUUGCAUUCAAGAGAUUCUUGUCAUAAAAUAAGCACUGCUGCAAGGAACGCUUCUGGAAAUGGGGCAGCUUGGAUCCAUUAUAAAAGUCAGCCCAGCUCCUUGCUCUCAUCCACUUCUCUCACCGCCUUCUGGGGAAUCAGGUGAGUGUGAAGCCCUUUCUUGUCCUCUUCCUUCUGCAAGCAGAGUUCUGAGCUCAGCAGAAAUCACAGCUGCUAUUGGCUCUGUUCCAUGCCUGUCUCUGCUUAUCAUAAGAGAGGGAAGUGGGGAGAAUGAUUGUCAUGGGAGGGGGUUGGGCCUGGAAAUAGGUGGCUUACAGGCUAGUAUCAAGGUAGUAGCUGGAUAGGUCUCAGUGACUUUCAUUGGGAUCCAUCAGGACGAGACCAAGAAUCCCUUGGACAUCCAUGUUUUCAGUUCCCAGCACUGCACGUGCAUUGUUUCCCUAGUAGAGUGAUGCUAGGCUGCUCCUCAUGCAUCCCCAUCUUCUGCUUCCUCCCUGCCCCCUCUCCCAGGUGCACCUCCAUCCCUGAGACAUGUCCUGCUGUGAUCAGUGCCAGCCAUGCCAGCCCUGUGGCCCGACUCCUCUGGCCAGCAGCUGCAAUGAGCCCUGUGUCAGGCAGUGCCAGAACUCCACCAUCGUCAUCGAGCCCUCUCCCGUGGUGGUGACCCUGCCCGGACCCAUCCUCAGCUCCUUCCCACAGAACACCGUUGUGGGCUCUUCCACCUCCGCUGCUGUUGGCAGCAUCCUCAGCUCUGAGGGCGUGCCCAUCACCUCGGGGGGCUUUGACCUCUCCUGCAUUUCUAACCGCUACUGUGGCAGAAGGUGCACCCCCUGCUAAAGCUGCUGUAUGUUGACCCAGACAGGGACCCCCAGGAAUGCUGAACAUGGCAUUGGACAGAAAAACAAAUGCUGUGUUGCUGUUUUUGUCCAUCAAGGCAGACAUUAGUGGCCAAUAUGGCCUCUCUGUCAACAUGGAGAGAGUCUACUGAUACUCG